AUGGCAUACUAUCUUCUAUACGUUUUGACAAUCUCUGUUGUGGUUUGCGGUACAGUCCUCUAUCUUACCCGGUCCCGUUGGUUGUCUUUAGUCCCACUUCCUGAUUACAUAUACGAUCGCCUACCUUCCAGUUUCGCCGAUGACCUAGAGGCGGGACUGACAUCGACGCAGUUUGACCUCUCCGCCAACAUUGCAGAUGGCGACACUAGGGCUGGGUUGGAUAACCAAGCUAAACGGCAAAUCAGGAAGAUCAUGAAACGCCAAAGGAUAGACUUUGAUGAAGCUCGCCGGAUAUAUACCGAGCAGCGUUUUGCUAAGAAUAACAUUGGUCCCGAUGGCCGGCCCAGGGACCCGAAAUUUGUUUCAUUCUCAUAA